CGUGACACGAAUUUCUGUUUAUCGCUCGCGUGAUCACGUACAGGAACUCGUACAUAUGAGAAAAAAAAAAAACUUCCACAAGGAAAAAAGAAAUAGUCUAAGUAGGAAUUCUGUGGUCCCAAGGAAACAGACGAUUGUAAACUUGUCACGGCAUUCGCAAUAUAUAGGAUGCAUGGCAUUCUAAACAAAGGUCAGUCAAUAUUAUUUUUGAAAUUGGGGACAGGAGAGGCGACGCAUUGAGUGAAUUCAGUUCGCUUUUAAAACUAUACUCUCAUUAUGAAUAUGUCAUAAAGUUACUGAGUUAUUAAGUUUACAUCCAUAGAAGCUUUCUGCGUCGAUCUCUUUCGUGGAAAAGUAACCAUUACUAGUAUAAAAACGGCUUUGAUAAUGUACGGUAAUCUUAAAAAUUCUAAUAUGUUGGGAAGAACUUUUACUUAGACGUUCCAAAACUGUUGAGAGUCUAUUUAUAAGCUUUUGGGUUAAGUUCCAUAGAGUCUAUUUAGGCCCCAGUUCAGACGCCGUACUUCAGCCGAGCCGAAUCAAAUUCAACGAGUUAAGUUCAUGUGAAGUACAGCAUCUGAAUCACGGUUGAUUUCAUUUAGAUCGGCUCAGCCGGGAAGAACUACUGUAGGCCGGCUUAGAUUCUGAUGCUGUACUUUAACUGAGCCGAACCAAAUGUAUAAUUAUUUUAAUGUAUUUUUCAUGUUUUUUUUUGCUCGAAGGCACGUGCUAAGUAUCGCCCAUGUCGAGUUGGAACAUGACAUUGUGAAAUAGACUAGCUCAAUUUACAAAUAGCUUAGCGCUCAUUUGCAUUACAGUACACAAAUGGUGUAGCGUUGCGUCAAAUGGCCCAGGGUAAUGUCGAGCAGCACAGCGUACGCACAAAAGGUGUAGCGUUGCUUCAAAUAGCUCAACGUAAUGUCGAAUGGUACAGCGUACGUUUAAACAGUAUAGCGUUGCGUGAAAUGGCUCAGCGUAAUGUCGAAUGGUACAGCGUAUACACAAAUGGUGUAGCGUUGUGUCGAAUAGCUUUGCAGAACAUCAGACGCUCUAUCUGAACAUUAAAUUCCUUAGCAUUACACGAAAUAUUUCGAUGUUGUGGCGAAUCGUUGUGUUUGCUUGUUGGUUUCGGCGAGAUGGCCUUCACGUCACGCCACCAAAAAUGCAGACCGCAAAUGGAACAGUGAUCUGCAGGGGGGCAUGAAUAUGAAAACUGUCGCGAAACCAUCACAUGUGGUAAGAGGCUUACUUCACCUUGCCGUAAAGCAGAGUCAAUUCAGUGAGUUUCUCCUUUUUUUUUCUCACCGAUAUUGCAUUUAUUCGUUGUCGUUCAUGAAAGCGUUAAUUAAAAUAGCAACGAGACUGGAUUCUACCACGGUUUGCCGGCCUCCCGGUUUAGCACAGUUUGCACGCGUUGGUGAGCCUGAAUGUUUAUAGUAUUAAGUAGAGUUAAGACGUGCAUUAAAUGUCGAUUGCCGAGCUCUCUUUUCUUCUCUGACUCGCGCUUACUUUUCAAUGAGAGUUUAACUGCAAAGGCUCUUUGAACAUUGCAGGAGUACGUGAGAAGUUGGAUUUUGUGUGUGCCUCGGACGCUAUGGUAAGUAAAACUGAUAUCCUUGAUCUGUUUUGACAUUUUUCAAUCAAACAUAUAGUGUUUGCCAAAGCAACCUUUUUUCCGAGUUGGUUUUAUCGUCCGGCACACCAACUAAAGCAUUCCGGUAUCACUUUGAUUGAAGAAUGUCAAAACAGAUCAAGUAUAUCAGUUUUCUUACCAUGGAGAGCUCGACGAUCGACAUUUAAUGCACGUCAUAAUUAACAACUGGUUCAUACGUUCGCGUGCGUUCAUCGAGAUAUGAACCACUUUGGAAGUUUGGAGAGCACGAAAGAUGCGUAAGAGUUGCUCGAGGCGUAGCUGAGAGCAACUCUAGCUUCUUGAGUGCUCUCCAAACUUCCCAAGUGCUUCAUAUCUCGAUGAACGCACAGCUUUGUUUUAUUUCAUGAAAGUUGAGUGUUUGCAGGAAGAAAUGCAGUCGCUAGGCCGCAAAACGACAUUACCAUCAAUCUGCUUCACACUAAUUUGCAGCAUUUGGUUUGAAAGAUAAAUAAUGAUAAUAAACUUACCAUCUUUCUUAUUCUCUAUAAAAUAAUAUUUUAUAUGGAAUGUUACAAAAGCUCUACCACGUGAAAGAAGAUGAACUGAACUGGUCAUGAAUUGUUGUCCUUUCAAGAAUACUACCGGAAGUCACCCACGAGAGCCGCGAUCGGAAAAACUGAUCUUAAAAAUUGUGUUUAAAGUUUCCCGUAACUGAAUUGAAAACAGGCAACUUAUUCUAGCAGAAUACGUUCAAAGGGCCUUUCGGUCGAAACUCGGCACAUCGAAAGCAUUCUCUGCUGCGCUGUCAAAGUCACUGUUAAUUACGCAUUCCUUAAUUCAGGCCCUGUCUACACUAAUGCGUGGUGAAUUUGAUUCAAUAAGGAAAGAGAAGCAGAAAGCUCACUUUUUCUUUCUUAAUUAAAUAGAGUGUAAACUUAGCAGUGAAAAGUUUACUUAUCUAAAUUCAACGUUUAAUUUUGCAGCUCUGUAGCCUGCAUGUAUACAACUCGAGUACAAUUCACGAUCUCCAAGUUAUAGCUCCUCCAGGUGGUAAAGAUCACCUUGGCUUCUUCUUUCUUUUGAAAUAUCCCGUGCCCAAAAGUUUUUAGAGGGGUCUUAGUUUUCGAGAGGUCUUAGGUCUUAGGUCUUAGCUUUCGUGACACCCGAAUCUCAUCAUAUGAGAGGGGCCGGGAUAUUACCUUACUUCGAUCGUCUAUAGCAGUGUAAUAUUGGAAUUAAAAUACAGUUUACCACUAAAACAUUCAGUUUGCAACCGAAAUGGUUUUCCGUUUUAAUCUGUGUCGUAAUAAAAUCCUCGAUAGAAAGUAGAAACCGGCUUUUUUCGAGACGCAGUUGUCGAAAAAUUCAGAAGUGUGAUCAUAUAACUGAGUUAUUUUUUCGAGAAUAGUCGACAGAUGAUAUUUUACGAAAUAUUGCGCCACGUAAAGAAACUUUUACUAAGAUGAUCUCACCAAAUUUACGCAUUUGAAAUAAAAUGAUAUUGACAUAUGUUCAGGAUGUUUUCAGUCUAUCAAGAUUUCGAUCGCUUCGACCGAAAAUUGGGAUAACUAAUCCUUCAAGGAUGGUGCGUCUUCUAAAUAUUCCUUCUCAUUUUAGUUUCCAUGACACGACACAAAUAGGAGCCAUAUAUUUUCCAUCACAGGCAGCCUGCUAAUUUUCAGUAACAAUUUACUGAUACCUAUCUAUAUUCCGGUGAUCGAGGCCAGAAUUAGCAGUCGUAAACACCUUCGGGUAAGCGUUUUCCUUUUCUUGAAUUAAUUACCCAAUAGGUUGUCUGUGGGUAAAUUUCAAAUUACUCGCUCGCGAUUUGGCUGAGAAAAAAAACCGCACGGUUCAGAUCAGUACCCUGCACGAAGCCUAUUGUCUUCUUCGCAACCGUUCGUUCAAAUCUUUGGUUUGUCAAUUGGGUGAGGAGUGUUGCGUGACAUCCUAAAGAAUAACGGAAACUGUUAAUGACUACUUUUGUGCAGGUAACAUUAUUGUAAAUGAAGCAGCUGGAGACGUUUUUAGCCUUUCUUUUUACGUAGAAGUAAAAAAGAGCGACUGAAAUUGCUUACAUUGCAGAAUUGCUUUUUUUUUUAAGCAAGUUUUAAGCAGUCGUUUAAAGCGAAUGAGCUGGACGAAGUCCGUCGUGCGAGUCGGAAAAAAUCAGCGGAGAAAAGAUAAAAUGAUGUUAGCGCAACCGCGCGCAAGUCUGGGUGAGGCGCAACAUAGAAGUCAAGCUGUCUGGCAUAGGAGUCGCCAAUGAUCGUGUCUCACUCCUAGAGUUCCACUAACAUCAUGUUUUCUCGCUUAUAAUUUUUUUACUCACGCGUCGUCCUUCUCCAAAAGAUAGGGACUUCUCGUGGUCUAAAAGUUAGCGGUCUGGUUCUUCGAUAAAUGUUUGUCUUCGGUUGAUUAGUGUAUCUUUGCUGUUAUAGAUUUUUUUCGAAAAGAAGGAAAAAACUCUUGCUUUUUGAGAGCUUUAGAAGCUUGAUAUCCUACAUUUCAGUGUCUUCAGGCAUCCAGUGAUACUUCAUAGGGAACCAAUUUAAAUUUCAGAAAGAUGUCGAGGAAAGAGACAGAACCAGUGGUAAAUGUUGUCCAGGAUGGCUCCCAGUCGUCCUCGUGUGUGAGACGCACAUGCGAAUCUGACUCCUGUUGGUCUUGGUUGGUCUGUGGUGUGUGUGCUUUGUGUAACAUUAUCAUCUGUGGUCUAACGUACAGCUAUGGAAUUCUGUUUCCCUCGCUGCUGGACGAAUUUAAACAAGGAAAGGCGACCACAGGUAUGCGGAACUUUUUUAGUCAAAGUGCUGUAAAUACGUCGUGGAUCAGAUAACUACCUGAGUGACCUGAAAAUUAUUGUUUCAUUUUAUUCCCGUCCACCGAAAACGACGAAUAAAAGUCUCUCUUCAUCUUAGUGAAGAUUCAAGUAUACUUCCAAAAGUGUUUAUCUGUGUUCCCUUUUCUCCAUUACUUCUAAGAACUUCGGAGCACCUCUCUGACUUUGAAGCACUGUUUUGAGCAAAAGUGGACAUUUUGGAUUUUACCCCUGGGGCACCGUUACCCAACAUUUCACCUUUGUAACAAAGUUUGAGACUUUUCUAGCUAAAGAUCCGCUCUAUAUAUAUAUAUGGUCUUUUCUUUAUCAGGGCUGUUCGACUUGCAUUUGACCUUAAGACACAAAGGGUUCUCAGAAGAUUUCCAGGGUUCUUUUCCCUUCAAGGAAAUUGGGAAGGCCCUGGAGACGAGAAGAAGUUUUUUUCUUUGCUGUUUUAUCGAUAGGUUAGCAAAGAAUUAGCAUCUUGAGGUCCCAAAGAGUAACCAGGCCUUUUACAGAAUUGUCUUAACUUGCGCUUAAAAGUGUGCGGUAAAAGGUAUCCUUGACCCCGCCAAUGAUUUGAUUUUUCGCGAUAAACAGAGCGCUAGCUGAUGGUGAUGUUAUGAAGGUGGCGAGGUUACUGAGUUGUUUUCAAAAUGGUGGCGCCCUUAGAUGAAUAUCAAGCACAUUUGAAGACAGAUUUUGAACGGUUACAAUACUUAGAUUCUCUAAUCGCGAUCAGUAGUGAACUUGAAUAUCAAUUCUUAAUCGGCGGAGAUGAAAAUGUUGUGGUUUUUGGUAUAUAGUUCUUCUUCAACUCUUCUCCUUUUUUCAUAGCACUGGUUGGAUCACUAGCCAUGGUUGGAACAGGUGUGUACAGUAUGCUGGUGGCUAAAGUGUACAACCGCGUCGGGCCCCUUAAAACUGUCAUUGCAGGGACCCUAAUCAGUAUUGCAGCCCUCCUGGUGACGUCACGGGGUACAGGCAUCUAUUUCAUCAUGGUCAGCUAUGGUAUCAUUUUCGGAAUUGGGUCAUGUUUCGUGUUUCUUCCUUUGUACUUGACGAUGCCUAAGUACUUUAUAAAACGGCGCUCGUUAGCACUGGGGCUUGUUGCCAUGGGGCCAGGAGGAGGCUUGUUCGUGAUGAACCCAAUAAUGCAGGCUUUUGUAGACACACUUGACUGGCGCGGGACAUUUAUGGCCAUGGCUGGGAUUGUGGCCUUAAUAGGGCCCCUUAGUUGUGUCUUUAUCAGGAUACCUGAUGAUAAGACAGAUCAACGCGACGCUCCGGGGGAGGAUUAUAGAGAAAAGCUCUCUUACUUGUGGUUCAUUAGAAAUAGACGUUUUGUUAUUUUCACUGUUGCUACAUGUUUGUCGUACGCCGGGCAUUACAUUCCAUCCUUCCAUAUGGUAAGUCAAGCUUUGUAGCAUUACCACUACAACAAAGUCUUGCUGAAUAAUCAAAAGUGUCUUCUUAGGUAAAAAUUUGUUGCGGGAGGUAAGGAGGGGGGAGGGGAGAUUGGAGGAUUUGGGAUGGUGUGGUUUUUAGGGUGAACGGCGAGGGCAUCAGUCGUCGCUAAUAGAGGGGGGCUGGAGAAAAUGGACUGCCAAUCAAUUGCCAAUGAAGCGGGAGAGAGUCAUAAGAAUAGCCUCAGGGGGACCAGGUUGAUUUUAUUUUUAGUCUACACCGGUACUCUGUACCAGUAAUAUUUCGUCGGCUGAAUUACCCUCAGAUUCCGUCACCGUGGAAUCCCAACUAUGACUUCGCCGAUAAUGGAAACCAGUAUUGAAUUUUUUGGCGAGUAAACGUCGUUCUACAACAAGUUAUUUAUUUUACAGGUUCGGUAUUGCGAGACACUUGGGAUAUCUACAAAUCAAUCCUCUAAACUCUACAUCUACAGCGGAGUUACGUCAUUGCUAGUGCGUCCUGUGAUCGGCCGUCUGUGUGACUUCGAAAAGAUUCAAGCGCACUCUCUUUUCCAGAUCGCUGCGGUUGCGGAGGGAAUUGCUACCUUACUUCUGCCGCUCGCUAAACGAUAUAUUUAUUUUAUGCUUUAUUUCCUGUUGUAUGGAUGUACGGACGGAGCCAUGUUCAGCGCCAUGUGUGUUGCAUGCAUGUUUUGUUUUAAAGGAACUCAGCGUAAUCGUGGGUUUGGUUUCUACCAGAGUAUUACAAAUAUCGUAUCUGCAUUUGGUCCAGCUCUCGGAGGUAUGCAUUGAAUAUCGCCUUAACCUUAACCUUAACUCCUCUGAGAACUGAUUAGUUAUCCUUCCUAUUGGCUUCCAUGUAUUUCUUUGUUAUAUAGUAAAGAGAAUUUAGUGCUUCUCGAGAUAAAGCCCGAUCAAAUUUUGAAUUAUUCUCGGAUUUUUCUCUCGCAGGGCUUGUCGCGGACAGUUUCGGAGGGUACCCUCCAGCGUUUUACAUGUCAGGAGCCUUGGUAGCUCUCAGCGGAGUUAUAGUUCUUCUCGUUCUAUUUGUAAAACAAGAUCACCAAGAUCCUGCAGAAGCUGCCAUAAGAGGAGCACUAUUGGUGGUCGAAAAAUGUACUGUUGUUUGACGUCCACAGCGAAAGAUUUCUUGUCAUAAGCUUAAAGGUAUGGGUAGGGUGGAGAUUUUCCUUCUUUCUCCCCCACCCCCUCCCCCACCUCCUACAUUUUUGUAAUCUCGUAUCCAGACCCUCCACGGCCAAGCGGUUGUAAGGUCCGACUUUUCAGUUACAGUUAAUCGGUAGGAUCUGGCAACGUGAUUGACGUUUUCGCUUUCUCUCGCUCCUCGUAUGCUUCUUAUGUUGAUUGAGGAGGGGUGGAGCUUAAACUCUGGGUCACUCUACCACACCCCUAUCACUCUAUC